UGUCAGGCCCGGGCAGAACAAAUAACUGUACCUUGACCAUGCCUCUAUACAGGGUUUAAUAUUCAAAAUAGGGGGCUGGCAUAUAUUUUCUCUUUAAAAAUAUAAAUUUGAGGGUUUUUUUCCUUGCCAUUGAGUUCUUUUCAACUCUGCAGGUGUUUUUUUUUUGUUUUUAAUAGUAUUGAUUUAUACUGGGGGGGCUAGUGUAUAUGCUUAGGCAUUUGAGAGUGUAUAAUGCUGUUCUUGAUUAUUUUAAUUAGUUCAUAGAUUUUCAGUUUCCAGCUGCCAAGGAUGUUACAUGCUGCAUGAACAGUACAAUGUUCAGGCUGUCCAUGUCAGAAAGGGAGUCUCAACAGUACAGUGUUCAGGAUGCCCAUAUGCGAAACGCAGCUCAAGACUGCCCAAAUGAAAUCUUUGUCCAUUUAGUUAUUGGGACAUUCGCUUUCUGAAAGGUUUUCAAAGAUAAUUUGGGUUGAAGGCCACUUUUGAGAAACAAUGGAAACAGAGCAAAAUAUCUCUGAAUUACUUUGUCAUUGCCACUACCAAAAUGAUGACUUGGCAUUUAAGGCUUUUCAAGGCAAUUUGUGUUUUUUCUCUUUCCUAUGUCUGCAAAAAUGUUAUUAAUUUGUUUGUAGCGUAGUAUAAGUAUCUACUUAGUCUUUGCUCCCUCAGAUGCAUGGUUUGAAUAAACAUAUCUUAAAUGAUUUUAUUUUGUAUGUUGGCUGCCCAACUGGUCUGAGUUUUCUUGGCCCUGGAAGUGGAAAGUAGUCUUCAGGCUGUUGCUUUAGAAUGAGAGGAGGGAAAAGGGCAAAGGUACACCGUGUUUAACUCAGUUUUAUUUUCAUGGUUCAUCUCUCUUCCUGAUUUGUCCAGAGUCUAUAUCUAGACCAGGUUUAAAAGUGCUUUUGUUACUGGCAACAAGCUGUGGUACUGUGCUGGGAGUGGGUUCUUACUAACCUUUCCAGCAGUGACCUGACUUAGCCCUUAGUCACUGACGAGGAAAAAUUUACAUUUGUACUAAGAUGUCUCAAAUAUCAUCUCUGCAGUUGCCCGAGAUGCUUUACCGCUCACAUUACUCCUUGUUUAAUUUGUCAAACUAAUAAACAGCAUAUACAUUCAUUUCCUAGUAGCUUUGUGGUAACCACAGUCACGAAGGUUGCUUUCCUAUAAUUCUUCGAGGACUCUUUUGUAGGAUACAAAAAUUCUGCUUUAGGAUUUCUUACAUCUCCCUCUCGUCCCUACUUUUAUCUGAAGUAUCUUUAAAUUUAGAGUUGCAAAUGUUUUUUUUAAACAUUACUGUCCUGGGUAAUAACUUCUCAUGUAUGGCAGUUGUGAUCUUUCAUAUAAACGAAAGACUUGCUGACCUUCAAGAGCAACUAAUAAUAUUGUAAGUUGAACUCUUUAUUUUUAUUUGUUUGUUUUUACAGGAAAAAAAGUGUGUGAAGAGCAAAUUGUUUCUGUAGCUAUUUGACCAUGUGCAUAAGCACUUGGCUGAUAAAUUAAGUGGUACUUUAUGGAUGUCUUUGCUAUUUCAUUUAUUCCUUCAGCAAGGAAAAGCCAGACCUGUGUGUUAAGAAGGAUUUUCUUUUUUUUUUUUCCACACGUACAAUACACUUAAAAGCAAACAUCUUAAUUGUAAAAGAAAAAUCCACCUAACUAGUGGUCAUCUAAUAUCUAUGCCCAUCUUAACUAUCUCAGAAAUAACCGUUGCUCCCAUUUGCAGUGCUCAUGGGGUUGUUACAUUGUUUUCAGUCAUGAUAGGUCAGUCAUGAAAGUCUAAAGUUCAAAGUAUCUUCAGUCUUAAUAUAGAAAAUAGAGACCAUUUACAUUUUUAUGUCUUAUAUUUUAUAACUGGUAGGCCUUUAUAGCAAUGUGAAGAAUAAAUUCAAUAUUUUCUGUCAAAAAUUUUUCCUUACUGUUUUUAACAAUUUGACGAUAACUUCAGAAAGGUGGACCUUUGUGCUGUAUAUCCAACAUUGGCAUCCAGAUUUUGAUCAGCACCUCUCAAAUCAAAUAUGUUACAGAAAGUUAUCGAACUGUAAAUUUUUUGCAGGCCCUAAACAAGCGCACUAGACUGUGGAUUUUUUUUAUAGGACAUUUGAAAGCCCUACUGUUUUCUGUGCUUGCUGUAAAAAUCUCUUUCCAUCGCAAGCAGUAUCAAAGUCCUGUUUCUGCUUUAAGCUAGAAACUUUAAACUACCAGAAGCUUAGUGUGUUGCCAGUGCUCUCAGCUGACGCAACCAGAAGAAAAGUUCCAAAAUUGUGUGUUCUCUGUGUUAAUGGUAUUAGAAAAACUUUUCAUGAACAAUCGCUAACAUACCUGUAAGUUGUUAUACAAGCCUUGCCUUGUUACAUAGUAGGAGUUGUGGAAUCCAGACAGCGUGCUGAAGUAAGACUCUUCAGUUUUGAACCUGAAACUGGAUUCACUUACCUGUUAUGUUUCCUCUCAGUUGAGCUCUUUUAUAGAGGAAUAGUGUCUGCUAGUGGAGUCUACAGAGUGGAUUUUUCUUGGUAUCAUUUUAUUUCCUGUAGCUCACUAGCACUGGUCAGAGACGUGCUACUAGAAUUUCUGUGAUACUUUCAUGUCAUCACUUACCUUGUUUCUUAUUGCACUUUCUUCAUUUAAAUAUAGAAUCUGCCGUUUCUUGCAUGUUGUCUGCAUGAGUGUAAAAACAUAUUUACUAUCUUUCCUCCAAAUAGUAUGUAGGAGAUCUUUUGUGGACGAAAAAGUAAUGGCUGUAAAUGUCCCUUUCUUCCUUACCUGUCUAGGAUACAAUGAAAACCUGUUUGCCUUCACAAAGGGGAUUUUUCUGUUCAAGCCUGAGAAUUUAAUUCUAAAAUCAACUGCUUGCUGAUAUAUGCUUCUUUUCUUCGUUAGACAAUUUUACAAGAUCUCUGAAUUUCAAAUAGUUUCUUAUUCUUUGUGUUGUCAGCAGCGUUCAGAAGUAUAUUAUAUUGAAAUUUUAUAUCAGAAUAUAAAUAUAUCUGAUUUGGGUUUUUUGUAUGUGCUUAUUAAUUGGUAUUUAAGUGCUUCAAACUUGCAGAAGGGAACAAACACUAUUGCCUGUAUGCAAAAAGCCACAACUUUUGCUGCCCUGUCACAUUAACCAAGACAACAGCCUAUAAAAGUAUACUAUGUAGGAAACCUCUCCAGAGAUGUGACUGAAGUACUUAUACUUCAGUUAUUCAGCCAGAUUGGACCAUGCAAAAGCUGUAAAAUGAUAACAGAGCAACCCGAUAGCAGAAGGGUCAACUCUUCUGUUGGAUUUUCUGUUUUGCAGCAUACAAGCAAUGACCCUUAUUGCUUUGUGGAAUUUUAUGAACACAGAGAUGCAGCUGCUGCAUUAGCUGCUAUGAAUGGGAGAAAAAUUUUGGGAAAGGAGGUCAAAGUAAACUGGGCGACAACACCAAGUAGCCAGAAAAAAGAUACAUCCAAUCACUUCCAUGUGUUCGUUGGGGAUUUAAGUCCAGAAAUAACAACAGAAGACAUCAAGUCAGCAUUUGCUCCUUUUGGUAAAAUAUCGGAUGCACGGGUAGUUAAAGAUAUGGCAACUGGAAAGUCAAAAGGCUAUGGUUUUGUAUCUUUUUAUAACAAACUGGAUGCAGAAAAUGCUAUCGUACACAUGGGAGGCCAGUGGUUGGGAGGCCGUCAGAUCAGAACUAACUGGGCAACAAGGAAACCACCAGCUCCGAAAAGUACACAAGAAAAUAAUACAAAGCAGUUGAGAUUUGAAGAUGUAGUAAAUCAGUCGAGUCCAAAAAAUUGUACUGUGUACUGUGGAGGAAUUGCCUCUGGGCUUACAGAUCAACUUAUGAGACAGACUUUUUCACCAUUUGGACAGAUUAUGGAAAUAAGAGUGUUUCCAGAAAAAGGUUACUCGUUUGUCAGAUUUUCAACCCACGAAAGUGCAGCACAUGCUAUUGUUUCAGUUAAUGGAACCACAAUUGAAGGACAUGUUGUUAAAUGUUAUUGGGGUAAAGAAUCCCCUGAUAUGACUAAAAACUUCCAACAGGUGGACUACAGUCAGUGGGGGCAAUGGAGCCAAGUGUAUGGAAAUCCACAACAGUAUGGGCAAUAUAUGGCUAAUGGGUGGCAAGUACCAUCAUAUGGAAUGUAUGGUCAAGCAUGGAAUCAACAGGGUUUUGGAGUAGACCAAUCUCCAUCUGCUGCCUGGAUGGGUGGAUUUGGUGCUCAACCUGCCCAGGGACAAGGUGCUCCUGUAAUACCUAAUCAAGCUGGAUAUGGUAUGGCAAGCUACCAAACGCAGUGAGCUGGGACUCUGUUUAAAAGUGUGUAUUUCAUGAUAGGCUGCAGUUUCCAGUGACACUCUGAAGACUGGAAUGUAGACAAUGAAAAAAGAAAAUAUUUAUUUUAAAAAUGGAAAUGUUUGGAACCUUUAGCACAGCUUUGCUUUGGUGAAGGACACAAAUGUCUUCUAGUUCUGCCUUUUUAAGUUUUUGUUCAUUAUGGAUAUGAACAUGUUUUUCUUUGUGUACAAAAACUAAAAUAAAGUCAAUAAAGACAAUUCUGACUACAAAUUUUGAUAUAGUAGGAGAAAUGGGUAAUGAAUUUGAUCUUUAGGUUACCAUUCCAUUUUUUUUGUUCUGUCUUCAGUGUUUUUUAUCACUGUGCUUUUUAAGAGAAAUGACAUUGAAAACAAGCAAGUUGCUUUUAUUUGAACACACAUCCUGAAAUAAACUGUGGACCAAUCAUUACAACCUGCUAGACAGUAUUGAUUUUUCAGGAAACCUGUAGGCAUCACUCAGAAAACAUAUGCAGGUCUUGGAGUAAUUUUUUAAAAAAUAUUUAAUUUUUCUACAUGCUUCAAGAAAACAAAGUCUGGUACAAAGAAUAGUUCAGUCUAAAAUGAAAAACAGUACUGUCUGAGUUCAUGUAACUUUUACUGUCCACAUUCAGGCACACAUUAAAACUAUUCAGAAAUGGUUUGCUUAUUAAGACUGUAGUAAUUUGCAUUAAAUUUUGAGAAGCAAAAACAUUUUUGCAAGUAUGUUGUUUGUAUUCAAAUCAGACAGUCAUACUUGUGCUUUUACAUAAAGUUUGAAGGCUACACAUUGUAAAUAUUUCAUAAUUACAGUGUUUCAAAAGCAUGCUCAACAUAGAAGUAGCAAUGUAAUUAUUCAAAGUAAUACUUAAUAUACUCUACUGCUUUGAAUGCAGUAGAUUGACAAGAAUGUGCAAGACUGACAUUUCCAAAGUUGGCUAUUAUGUAAAGUUACAUAAAGUACUAUAACAAAGAGCCUUAAUUUUAAUUUCAUAAAUCUUUAAUGCAUCACCUUUUUGUCAUCAAAAUAUGAAUUUUUGCUUUACAUUAUUUGGUAUGUAAAUACCUUGGUUAACAACCUUGUAUACCUAUUUCAAGGUUAUUAUAAGUUGUAUAGUAUCUUGAGUGUUUUGAAAAAUCUUGAUGUUUUUUAAGUCUAGAAAUAUUUUGCCCAAGAAUUUUUUAACAAGAUUGUUAAAAACAUCUUAUUUUAGAGAAUAUUCAAUGUGCCAUUUGGUAAAUGGAGAUGCAGUUGAUACAGUACACUGAGUUGUGACUUAUUUUUAAUUAAAAGUUUUUGUCUUUAUGGGUGGUUUGCAUGUGAUGAACCUGUACAGAGGCUGGGUUGUUUGUGUACUGAGUGUGUAAAUGGAUAAAUCAUGAAGAUGUUUAAAUGGUAUACUUGGGUUAUUUCUGAAUUAUUUUAUGGAUACAUUGAUAUAAACUGCCUCAAUAAAUUUGAAGUUGAAAAUGAA